GAGAGAAGCCAUCUGGUAGAGAAGUGAAAAUAAGGCAAGAGUUCUUGGAAGAAAGACUAAAAGAAAGAUUUGAAGAGAAAGCAGGUUGUACAAUCCAGCAAGUAAAAGCACUGUCACUAGUUGGUGAGGGGAAUACUUCUGAAACUUCAAAGACAAUGUUAACAAGAGCAUUAAAACGGGCGUUCCCUUCAGUGAAAACAAAACGCACACAGGAGAAAGGGUAUCCUUUGAUAAAAUAAUCUAUAAAUAAUCUUACAAUCAAAUUAAGUGCGAAAUUAGAAAUACUGUAUUCUUUAACUCAUGUAACAGGGUCUUUUAUGUUAACAUUAGACCAAAAUCUUUGUUUGCCAGUGUGUUGUAUGCAGAUUCUCCUGAAAGUAAGUAUUGAAUCCAUAGAGGAAUGUGCUACAGUAACAUACAUUAGACAUCAUAAAAGGCCGUCAAAAGUAAAUCAAUAUUUUUUUUUGGGGGGGGGGGGCUCAAAGAAUAAAUGUGAAUAAAUCUGAAUUGCAUUUGCACUUUUCUAGUUUUUUUUUGUGUUUUUCUUACAUACAAAUCCCCAGCCCGCCCCAGUCCCCCCCCACUUCUGACGGCCUUGGUUUAGAAGAAAAUUCAAAUCUUAAUUUAAUUAAGGAUCCAUGAUUGGUAUCAUACAUGAUUGAUGAAUAUGUAAAUACCCUGUACUUAAAAUUCUGGCCUUGUAAAUCUGUAUUUUUACUAUGUCUAACACUGGUCAGAAGAUUUUACUUGUCAAAGGUAGAGCAUUUGACACUCAUUGUGUAUGUCAUUGUCAACACGAAACAAUUUUAUGCAUCAAGUGGAGAACACUGCCACUCAAUCAAGGAAGUUCGAGAACAGACUUUCAACCAUCUUAGGAAAGAUUAGAUAUUCAUAAGGAAGGGGGGAGGUGUCUGGUGUAACUUUCUUUUCUGAUGUUUUUAUAUACAUAUUAAUUAAUUAAAGGUGAAAUAAAUAACCUCAAAAUAAUGAUUGCUGCAACUGAUGAAGUCAUGACUCAAAUAUGGGAUAAAACUUCAGAAAUGACAGCUGAAAAUCAAGAAUUGAGUGAAUUAAUGGAAGAGUAUGCAAGAGAAGCUAGAGAGAGGGAUGCACUAUUUUCCUCAUUGGUAAAAGUGUAUGAGAAUGAACUUGUACGGUUGAGAUCACAACAAAACCAUGACACUUUAUCUGAGAAACAAAGACGCAUCAUUAUUGAAGAAUUCAAGAUUUUAGAAGCUAUCACAUGUACAGGUGUUCGAACAACCUUUGACAAGACAUUGCCAGAUGAACAAGUGUUAAAUGACAGUUUCUUUAAAGAAUUUGUUGUAAUAUUUCAGGAAACAUGCCCAUUGCUGCAGAAUGUUGUCGAGACACUUUUGGUUAGCAAUCUGCAUCAAACAAAUAUUCAUAUAACUGUGGACUACAAAGUUUUAUGUAGUACUCAUGCUUUGUCAUUGCUGUUGAAUGUGAGGAGUACAACGGGAAAAAAUUAUACAACUACUGUCACUUUCUCUUGCAAUAAGGCAGGGACAGCAUAA